GUUGCUGUUGUCUUUCAGCUUUGCGUUUUAUCGGAAGAGACACAAAAUGGCUGCGGCGGCGUCUCUUUCCCUGAAACCGCCGGCGAGCUUCUUCUGCGGCGGAAACCGACGUCAAGACGGAAAUAGAACCGCCGCUGGAUAUUCUGUCGCACGAGUUUCUCGAGGCGAACGGUUUCAUGAGAGUAUCGUACGUCUCUCUGCCUCGACUGUGUUGUUCCUCGGUUUAAGCCUCCGCGUCUGCUCUCCGGCUUCAGCUCGAAUACCUCCUCCGCCAGUAAUCUCUCCUCAUUCCGUCACAGAGAAUGAAAUCGAAUCAGAAAUUGUAGCCGGUGAGGAGAAGAAUCAGGUAGCUCUAAACGAAGAUGAAGAGAAAAGAUUAGAAGCAGAUUUCGAAGCCUAUAAGGCUAAAGUGUAUUCUCUGACCGUUCCCCUAAAAGUCGUAGCCCUGCGUGGUUCAGUGCCACCAUCAUGGAUCAAGGAGUUCAUGAGCUCACAAGGGAAGAGAGUGAGGUUGAAAACGCGGUUCCUUGCAAAUCUUGAAGAAAUCUUCUUUGAUCUGUCUAAGCCUACUAGAAAAGGAAAAAAAGGGUCUGCUUCAACAGCAGCUGCUGAUAUGAUCAGCAUUGGUGAUUCUUGGCUUAGUUUCGCGAUAAAGGAAAAGCUGAUUGAGCCAAUAAAAGGGAUAGAAGAUCAAGACUGGUAUAAAGGCUUGAGUGAUAAAUGGAAGAUUUAUCUCCGCAGGAACUAUGCAGGAGAAAAAGCUCCCGACGGUGAAACGUGGGCUGUGCCAUACCGAUGGGGCACCAUGGUAAUAGCAUACAAGAAGAGCAAAUUUCAGCAGUAUAAACUGGCUCCAAUAGAGGACUGGGAGGAUCUGUGGCGACCUGAGCUUGCCGGGAGGAUCUCAAUGGUGAAUUCUCCUAGAGAGGUUGUUGGUGCUGUUCUCAAAUACAUGGGAGCAUCGUACAACACGACAGACCUGGAUUCACAAGUUACUGGUGGAAGACUCGCUGUAGAGAAAAAUCUAGCAUCGCUUAUGAAACAGAUUAGACUGUUUGAUAGUACCAACUAUUUAAAAGCUUUCAGUGUCGGAGAUGUCUGGGUCACUGUCGGUUGGAGCAGCGAUGUUAUCCCUGUCACAAAACGUAUGUCUAAUGUUACAGUGAUUGUUCCCAAGUCCGGUGCCACCUUAUGGGCUGAUCUAUGGGCAAUCCCGGCUGUUUCUGACUCUGGUAAAGAAGCAGAAAAGAUGGGAGGAAGAGUGCGAGGCCCAUCUCCAUUAAUCCACCAGUGGAUAGAAUUCUGCUUACAACCCGCAAGAUCAUUACCUUUCACACGGGAAGUGAUUCCCGGUGCAUCUCCUUCAGCUCUCGAGGGUCCUCUGGUUAGAGAACCUGAAGAAACAAAGAAAAGCAGAGCGAAAUUGGACACAAACCUCGUCUCGGGUGUUCCUCUUCCAGAGAUCUUGUCUAAGUGUGAGUUCUUGGAACCUUUACCAGAGGCUACGCUAUUGGAAUACCGGCUUCUGAUCGAUAAUGUAAGGAAACAAAGCCAAGGAUCUGGCCUUGUGGAGAAACUUCAAGACAUUGUUUCGAUUUGGGUUCGAGGUUUUAGGACAAAGUUUCACUCCCAGAUUAAGAAAAACACUUGAUAAACUUGUCAAACAAGUGAAAUCAGAAUCAUUUGUAUACGAGGUGUAAGUCUAUAUUGAUUAAGCAUCCCUUAA